CUCCCGACCUCCCCACGAGCCGGGCGGCGCGCGGUGCAGGUGCCGGCGAGCCCCUCGAAUGCCGCUGCCCGGCCCGAGGUGGUAGCGGCGCCGGGCGCGCUCCGCCCGCCCCUCCUCCUGGCCGCAUCGGGCUCCGGGAGCGCGGGGACAUGUCGGUGGCGACAGGCAGCAACGAGGCGGCCGGCGGGGCCAGCGGCGGCGGCGCGCGGGUUUUCUUCCAGAGCCCCCGGGGCGGCGCCGGCGGCAGCCCGGGCUCGAGCAGCGGCUCAGGCUCCUCCCGGGAGGACUCGUCGCCCGUGGCCACGGCGGCCGCUGACGGGCAGGUUCAGCCGCCGCCGCAGCAGCAGCAGCAGCGGCGCCACCAGCAGGGAAAAGUGACAGUGAAAUACGAUCGCAAAGAGCUUCGGAAGCGGCUUGUGCUGGAGGAAUGGAUCGUGGAGCAGCUGGGUCAGCUGUACGGCUGCGAGGAAGAAGAAAUGCCAGAGGUAGAAAUUGACAUUGAUGAUCUUCUCGAUGCAGACAGUGAAGAAGACAGAGCUUCAAAACUACGGGAAGCGCUCAUAGACUGCUACAAACCAACAGAGGAAUUUAUCAAGGAGCUGCUCUCUCGGAUAAGAGGCAUGAGAAAACUGAACCCCCCGCAGAAGAAGACCGUAUAAUUCUGGCCCAGGGCGGAACUCUCCCAGAGACCAAGCAAGGGCCCUGGGAUCUGGACUUCUCGAAGACUUUUAUUAAAGAAGAGUUAUGAGCAACGUUUUUUUGGCGGGAGGGCAUCUAUUAGACAUCAGUUGAAGAGUGUUCCUUUUUUUGUUUUUAAACGUUUUUGUUAGUGUAAUAUUUUAAUAACAAAGAUAUCACUACUCUGGUUUCAGCCCAACUGGGAUUAUCAAACCAGGCAGACCUCCAAGGAUGGGCUGGGCCAGGCAGCAUUUUCUUCUAGAAAUCAGAGGUUUAGGACCUAACUAUACAGGGAUGAUGGUUUUUUACAACUGGUUGGUAAUACUUUUUUCUUUGGUUGUACAUUUGCCUCAUGUGGAAUUUCUCGUACUUGUAUAUAUCUACACACGAGUAAGUUAAAUGUAGAUGUGAGUUUUAUUUCACAUGGGUGGACUAAACUUGUGGUCGUCCUUUAAUUGGAGGUCACAGCACGUGUGUUUUCAAAAGGCCACUAGCCAUUCUUCAUGCGAGUGCUGCUGACCUUCAACAUUCACUUUAUGCACCAAAGUGAAUGAAUUCUGUGUAUCCCUUAUUUUCAUGAGCUACACUACAAAAACGUUGAGUUGGUCAAGGGCUUAUUUAUGGACUUUAUAUUAUUUCAUUAGUUGGGAUGCUUUGCCAGGUCAUGUCCUUAUUGCCUCAUUUGUGGUAUUUUAAAGUUUAAUGAACCCCUUAAUUUGAAGAACUAUUCAGAUUUCUAGAGAAACGCCCAUGCUACUUGAGUGGUCUUUUGCAAUGGGAGUGGAAGCACUGUGUAGCGAUUAGUUUUCUGCUUUCAGUCAAAUACUGUGUAUUAUUCUCUCUCCAUGAAAGCAGGUCAUAAGGAAGUUAGCAGAUUAGAUCUCUUCCUCCCUGGAAGUAGAUUCUGGUCACUUCUGUGCCUGGGUAGCAUCAGACCAGAGCAGGUGAACUGAGGGUUGAGCCGGUACAGACAUGAGAAAGUGUCACCUGUUCUCAAGAACAUUGACACAGGAACGUUCGCUGGUUUGUAACAGUGCUGGAGGUUGCGUUUCUGGCUUUGCUCAGUGGCAUGUGGUGAGGACUCUGGCUCCUGAUCCUAGUUGUGCACCCCAAUCCGCUUGCUUGGAGCUGGGUCUGGGGCACCUGCCCUGCCCCUCGAGGUUAUACACCAACUCCUUGGAGAAGAAUCAUAAUUCAGAUGGAUGUGGGCGGGGUAAAAAGUCAGAGGAGAAACUCCUUCCUCCAGGAGCCCCUGCUGCCUCCCCACAGAAACCCCACCUACUGUAAGAUGUCUCUGGGUGGCCCUGUCAGAGGACAAGGGUCAGGCGUUUUAUAUCAAGGGUGCUCUGAACAUAUUUUAUUUUUUAAAAGAACUAUGUUUGUGAAUUUUCUGUAUACUGGCAAGCUUUGGAAAAUGUAUUUAAUUUUGUAAUGUUUACCAAUGAUUUAUUUACAAGCUAUUUACUCAAAUAAAUGGAGCUGCUUACAACUCU